AUGCUCCGACGGGUGACGGACGCGCGCGCGUUCGCGAGCGCGUCGCGCGCGCUCGCGUCCGCGACGGGCGUCGGCGCGCGACGCGGCGCGGGAUCCAGCGCGGAGGCGCCGGUGCAGGAAUUCCACCACGCCCCGCUCUUCGCGACGACGACGGCGAAAACGGACGUCGAAUGGCGAUUGGUGACGCGAGAGGGCGUGCGUGAGGUCCAGAGCGCGGGCGGGGAGACGUUCCUGGAGGUGCGGGCGUCGGCGCUGCGGGCGCUGGCGGCGAGGGCGACGCGGGACGUCUCGCACCUGUUGCGACCGGGACACCUGCGACAGUUGCGGAAGAUACUGGAUGACGCGGAAUCGUCGAAGAAUGAUCGGUUCGUGGCGUUGGAACUGUUGAAGAACGCGUGUGUCGCGGCUGGGAUGGUAUUGCCGGGGUGUCAGGACACCGGGACGGCGAUCGUGAUGGGAAAGCGCGGCGGGCGAGUGCUGACGGAUGGCGACGACGAAGAGGCGCUCAGUCGAGGGGUGUACGACACGUAUACGACGACGAAUCUGCGGUACUCUCAGGUGGCGCCGCUGACGAUGUUCGAAGAGAAGAACACGGGGACGAAUUUGCCGGCGCAGAUAGAUCUGUACGCGACCAGUGGGGAUGAGUAUCACUUUCAGUUUAUGACAAAGGGCGGCGGGAGCGCGAACAAGACGUUUCUGUAUCAGCAGACCAAGGCGGUGCUGAACGAGGCGAGUUUGAUGUCCUUCUUGGAGGAGAAGAUUAAGACGAUUGGAACGAGCGCGUGUCCGCCGUAUCACCUGGCCGUCGUCAUUGGGGGAUUGAGCGCCGAGUUAAACCUGAAGACGGUCAAGAUGGCGAGCGCGAGGUAUUACGACAAUCUGCACACGUCUGGGAGUGAGCUCGGACGCGCGUUCCGGGACUUGGAGUGGGAGGAGAAGAUUUUGAAGAUGACGCAAGACAUGGGAAUCGGCGCACAGUUCGGUGGGAAAUACUUUUGCCACGACGUGCGCGUGAUCCGCCUGCCGCGUCACGGCGCGUCGUGUCCCAUUGGCAUCGGCGUCUCGUGCUCUGCCGAUCGUCAAGCGCUCGGUAAGAUCACCAAAGACGGCGUUUUUAUCGAAGCACUCGAAACGGAUCCCAGCAAGUACCUCCCGGACGUCACGGAGGGCGCGCUCUCGAACGAAGUCGUGCACAUUGAUUUGAACCAACCAAUGGCUGACAUUUUGGCAAAGCUCAGCCAGUGUGAGGUCACGACGAGGCUCACGCUCACCGGCCCGCUCGUCGUCGCGCGCGACAUCGCGCACGCCAAGCUCAAAGAGCGACUCGAUCGCGGCGAGGAUCUGCCGCAAUACAUGAAGGAUCACGCGGUGUAUUACGCCGGUCCCGCCAAGACGCCCGAGGGCAUGGCGAGCGGCUCCUUCGGCCCCACCACCGCCGGUCGCAUGGACUCUUACGUCGAUCAGUUCCAAGCCGCCGGCGGCUCGAUGGUCAUGCUCGCCAAGGGUAACCGUUCGGGUGCUGUCACGCGCGCGUGCAAGACCCACGGCGGUUUCUACCUCGGAUCCAUCGGCGGUCCCGCCGCGAUUCUCGCGCAAAACAACAUCAAAAAGGUUGACGUCUUGGAGUUCCCCGAGCUCGGCAUGGAGGCUGUGUGGAAGAUCGAGGUCGAGAAUUUCCCAGCCUUUGUCGUCGUCGAUGACAAGGGGAACAACUUUUUCUUGAAAUGGACCGGUUAA